CCAGCGGCUCACUGGCUUUUGAAUUGCCUGCCCGUGACGAUUCAAACACUGCUGCAUUUCUGCGGAUGGGCGCACGUCCAAAACUAUCUCAGAUUUUACAGGUGUAUCCAGAACUUGAAAGCCUUUUGAAAACUCGACAUACUCCAUCAAAGGCAGGGAAAGAAACAACAGAUUCAAUUAGUACUGCGAGCCCGCAGAAGCCAGCUGUCGACGUGUCAUCGUCACCCAGGGGCGGGACAGCGAAACCACAAUCACGGAGAGCAUCAAUCACACCGAGCGAGGCACCUUUCAGCAGCGAGACACCUACGUUACACCGCUUCUUUCCAGUUUCAUAUAAGAAAUCAACUUCUUCAGAACAGCAGUUCAAACAAAAGCCGAGAGAACCUUUGCCGAUGGUGAGGGACGAUGAAGCUGCAGAAGAUCAGGACAUGUCAAUUACUGAUGACGACAUCAUCUGCAUCACUGCUUCAGAGGGCAUUCCUGUCCGGAAAGCAAAAGCUCUUGAGUUUUCACGGCAAGCUUCAUCCUUCUUGUUAUCUAAGGACUUUAUGAGGCAGUUUUUCUGGCAAUUCAGUGAAGCAGCUUCAGAAUUUCAACAUGACCCCAUGUCUCCUUUCUCUCGAAUUUUUCUUCCAAGGAAAGGUGCUGCAGAGAAAUUUGAUGAUGCCCAGCAAUCCCUGGUUCCUGUUCUUCGGGAAAAGGAAAAGGAAACAAAACAGGAUGAGGUGCAGCCUCAAAAACAGGUGGAUCCUGGAAAGGAUGAAGCAGCAGCAAAGCUGCAAACACAGCAGUCAAUUCCAGAGUCGGACAAGACACAGGCUUCUGGUGCACCGGAAUUUCUUGCAACAGACUGGACAGACAUAAGGAAAUAUGCAUUGAAAGGGGGGACGCUUCCGCUGGGUUCAAGAGGUAUGGCCAUGCCAGUGACCUAUGAUGCACAGGAUGCAAACCCAAGAUGGGAGCGAUUGGAUCAUGAAGUCGCCAGGGAUCUGAUGAAAGCCGUUCGUGAUAAUGGAUUGGGGUCUCCAUACUUCAAACAACUUUUAAAAGGGACAUUUAAUAUAUAUGAUUUAACACCAUUUGACCUCAAAUCCCUUGCUUCAAUGAUCCUGACUGACUCACAAUUUAUCAUCUGGGAAGCAAAAUGGAGAAAAGCUCUUAAUGAGCUCAGAGUCAAAUACCAGGGGAGAGCGAAUGCAGGCCUCACCGUUGGUCAAUUGGCCGGUGAUCCAGCACUUGACAGUCCAGCACAUCAAGCCAAGCUUUUUCCUCGAGAAGUGUUGACAGACAUCAAGAAUGCAGCCAGAAAGGCCAUGGUGCAAAUUCCACCAGCAGGAGUUACAGAAAGUAUUUUCACAGAUAUAAAGCAAGGUCCUUCAGAAUCCUUCACCUCAUUCGUCGAUCAUCUCACACAAGCAGUGGAUAGACAAGUCACUGAUGAGGGGGUGAAGUCACAUUUGAUUCGGUGUCUUGCAUUUGCAAAUGCCAAUCCAGAAUGCAAACGUGUCAUCAGUGCAAUGCCAGGUCAACCCACCAUGGCAGAAAUUCUGGAGGCAUGCAGCAAGGUCGGGACACCACAGCACGUUGCCACGAUUUUGGGGGAUCAGGUGGAAAAGGCUGUCAAAGAUGCAUUUGCAAAUUUUCAACAAAGGCAAUGCUACAAGUGUGGCAAACAAGGGCACUUCAAGGAGGAUUGCCCACAAGUUACAAACAAUGCAGACUCAUCAGAUCCUUGUCCAACAUGUGGGAGAGGGAAACAUCAGGCAAGCCAUUGCCCUGCAAAAAACAAUGCGAAUGGAAGAACUCAGUCGGGAAACUUCAAAAGGAGCGCAAAUCGUCAACGUGCGACGACACAAGUAAUGGCGAUGACUCAAGAACAGGCUCUGCAAGGGGGACAAUCAUCGGGGAACAGCAGUCCAGCGCCCUCAGCAGGACAAUCAGCAGGAUCCCCUACGAUCCAGAGUUACUACCACCAGGGGCGCAAUGUAACUUGGCAACUUCCAAAGUGAUAUGUUUUUUGGAUGACAAUUAUGCAGUGAUACCCACUGGUGUCACUGGAUCUUUGUGGAAGAGACAGGACUUUCUAAUCAUAGGUAAGGACUGAAGCAGUGUUUUGGGACUUGUUAUUUACCCUUCUGUCAUUUCAGCAGAUCGCAAUGAUGAGUUGACAGUUUUAGCGAAGCCUCAUCAGCCACCAUUGAUCAUUCCUCCGAACACUUCGAUCACCAGGGCAAUUGCAUUGCCACCCCAUGCUGCAGAGCAAGUCUUGCCAGUGCUCCGGGAGCAAGAUCCUCCUUCAGGGAAUUUUCUCCCAUUUAUUGCCUAAGAGAUGGGAACUGAUACUUUGGAGACAAAAGAAGUGGCCAAGGUAUCAAAGUGGACAGGUGUGGUUUUGGUGCUAGACUGUUGCUGCCCAGAGGAUUCUCUGCCACUGCGAAGUUUUUGUCCUGCACUACUUUUAUUUACUGUGGGUGAGCUUCUGCUUGCAAGAGCAGCUAUUGAACUGGGACCUUUCCAACACCUGACCUCACUGGGAAGGGGACCCCCGACUCGCCUCCUCCUUCCAGGAGGGCACAUUUCCUGGAAGUGUGCUGCAGCUGCUUGCAGAAGCCUGGUUGCCACUGCCCAGCCCUUCUGUUUUUCUGCCGCUGCUUGGGGUUUUCCACUACAUUUUAACUCACCCCAUGUCUGCCCAAUCCCCUGGGGCUCCUGCUAUGGCUGCCCAGUUUCUACUACAUUUUUUUUUGCCACCCCAGGGGUCUGCUUGCCUCUGCUGUUCCAGCCUGCUGCUUUGAGGUUCCUGCUACAGUCCAUUUCACCAUCCUGAGGGGCACUGGGAUUGGCUGCUCCCGUGAGUUUGUAAAGGACACCCCUUGUCUAUCUUUCAUGCCGGCUGAGUUGCCAUUACCCAUGUAGAGAGAGGUGGCUGAGCUUGCACCACAGUAUCCCCUGCAGCCAUGGGGGAAUUAUUGCCCAUGCCCUGCCUGGCUGGGACCCAACAGCACCUGUGCUGACUGUGACCAUAACUACACCAAUGGGAAAGUGCUUGACAACUGAGAGAAGGCUCUUAUUGGGAUUCGUUUUUUUUCUGUUUGUUGUUGCUGUUGUUGUUUGUUUGCCUUGUUAUAUAUUGUCUUAGGUUACAAUGUAAGAUGUAACCAAAAGUAUGUAUCCCAUCACCAUCUCUAUAAACUGUUAAAACCAGGUGGGGCAGUGUUCUUUCUCUCAUCCAUGACCCAUCCCGGACAACUCCCUCGAGGAGCUAUCUUCUGUUAAUGGGCUAUCAAGUUUCACUGCAUGACUCAAAAUUACAUCAUCCCACUGUGAGAUGCUCCACCCAGGGGGAGGAACCAAGCAUUCCUACCUGGAUAUAAUCUGAGGUUUGGAACACCACAAGCAGCGUCAUCCACAGGAUUCCCAGAGGAAGACCAGACCCUUCUACCCCAUCACUGGACCUUCAGAGGAAGAUCACACCCUUCUACAGGAUCAUUGCUUCAACAGAACCACAUCUAUCACUCCAAGAGGAUUUCAGCCACCAUUUUAUCAGACUGCUACCAACACCAUGACCAACAGGGUGUCAGGUUGUAUUCUGACUCUGUCAGUGUUUCUAUACU